AUGCAGCUCAAUCAAAUACACACAAAAAAAAACAUGAGUUGUAACGUAAGCUUCCACCCUCUCAAAGCUCUGCCUUUUCUCUCUCCUCCAAAAUGCAGACCUUCAUUCUCCAGUAAAUACACUCACAAGCUAGUCUGUAGUUCGAGGCCGAAUCAAGCAUCGAGUAAUGGAAGCAUUUCAUUGAAACCCAACCAGAAUCACUUUGGGAUUAAUUCUAAUUGGGUGAUUUCAGCUGGACUUUUUGCCAUCACUGUUGCUGAACCAGCAUUAGCAGUUACAGGAGUAAACAAUCAAGAAGAUUUGAUUUGGGUUUUGAUAAAGUGUGGAGUUCUAGCUUUUGGGUACUUUCUCAUCAUGCCACCAAUAAUCUUGAACUGGCUAAGGAUAAGAUUUUACAGAAGAAAUCUACUUGAGAUGUACUUUCAAUUUAUGUGCGUCUUCAUAUUCUUCCCUGGGGUUUUGCUGUGGGCACCAUUUCUAAACUUCAGGAAGUUCCCUCGGGACCCAUCAUUGAAGUAUCCUUGGUCAAAGCCUGAAAAUCCCUCACAGGUUAAGGGUGGAUUUCGUAAAUAUCCUUGGGCUACCAUUGAUGAUUACGAAUGAAGGAUUCACCUUCGAGUUUUCACAAUCAAUCUUGUAUAUUGCUAAUGUUUUACUUAUGUAUAUUUGGUACAUACCCUUCAAUUUGUAAAUUCGGUAGUCUUAAUUAAUGACAUUGUGAUACUAUUUUGGCAAUAGGUUGUACUCACCUCUACAUUUUCUUGAUUUCUAUCUAAUUUUGGUUGGGUCGAGGACACACAGUUUGUCAAGUACGUAUCCAACCCGAACUUGACACAAUAUUAGCUAUUUCGGGUAAACAAUUUAUAGUUUUAUACCAAUAAUAUAUGAAUGCUUUAAUAUUUA